AUGCAUGAUUGGUCUACAUGUGACGUCCCUGUUGCGCCCCCGAGUGGAUUCGGCUCGUCUGCAAACCAGACUCAAAGAGAUGCAUUAUGGUGGAGCCUCGAUACCAGCCGAGGCUUUGUGGCUUUGGACAAGAACCAGCUGAAUCUCAAGUCAUCAGAGGCUUUUCCAUGGGACGAAACCAGGUCUGUCUAUCUUGUUAACGCCUUCCAUGGUCUGUAUUGCCUGCGAGUGAUUUACAUUUACCUACGCCAACUUCAAAAUCAAGAAGAUCUACGAUAUGAUUUCAACCAUGUCCUCCACUGUCUGGACUCUUUGCGCGCCGAUGUUUUGUGUGCUGCUGAUGAUACGCCUAUUGCGGUUGGAAAUCAGCCCAAUGAUGAUCCACAGCUGCAGGUACAAACACGAAAAUGUAGAGAUUGGGGUCAUCUAGAAGAGUUUGUGACUAUGAACUCCGCGUGUUUCCAAGGUCAUGAGCCGGACGAACCAGGUUACCAGACGAUUGAAGAGUGGCAGCACUGCCCGAAGGACUCACCUUAUUGGGCUACUGUGCAGCAGUACCUUUCAGAAUCGGGAUCUUCGUAG